CGUCAGCUUCUCUUGGUUGGAAAGACAGGUGUCUGUGGGACCUCUCUGGAAUGGAAAAUGUGACCUCCUCCUCUCCAAAUUAUUAUCACUUUGAAAUUAAGGGGCUUUCAGGCAAAGAUAUGGGAGAAGUUCUUUGCCAGUAUGUACAACAAGGCAAACAAACAACAACGCUGGCAGCAACAACAAACAGAAGCAGAUACCCAAGCACAGCCUUCCUUCGGCUGCAGGCACUUUCCCUUUGGUGUAGUUCCAGUCACAGCUGGCAGGAAAGGGAGGCAAAUAAUGAAUAAAGCAAUUGCUACAGUAAUUGAAAUUAAGCUACACCAAGGAAUGCACUGGAGAGCUCAAGCACUGUAUGAUCAAUUCUGAAGAACUUAUUGCUGUGAGGGAGUCUCUGCAGUAGCCAAAUAGUGACUGGACAAUGUUGAAGUUGUUCAAAGAUAAAGAAGUGAUGAGAAAACACCCUAGUGAGGGAAGAGCCCUAGCCCUUAAGACCCUUUCAAAAUAUGCAAAUAUAUUAGACUGAGUUCCCCAAAAUACAGAGAUGGAAAUAUCUUCUUGGAACAGUUGAUCACCUCACCCACUGGGAGCCUUUGCUAUCUCAACUGCAACUACCUCCAAAGUGGCUAAGAUGCUAUUAGAACAAAUCAUUCCCAGAUAUGCAAGAACUGAAAGAAUGGACUCAGAUAUGAAAACAGAUCUGAACUUACUGCUUGAAUGCCUUAAAUAUCAGAUGGACUGCCCUCUGUCUCAGAAGGAGGCUUUGAUCACUAUCUAUUCCAUUUGCCAGCAAAACAGUGAAGCGAGCGAAUACUUGCGAGAAAUUGGUGGUUUGAUGUUUAUAAAUGACCUUGCCAAGUCCAGUGCUCAUUGCAUCGUGAAGGAAGCAGCUUUAUUUACACUGGGGAUUAUUAUAGAGAGUAAUGUGUAUUGUCAACAGACUUUGUGUACUUCUGCCCUGUUUGAAGACCUCAUUUUAUUUUUAAUUAAAAAGGAUUCUGGUGUGAACUUGAAAAGAAUCUAUGUCAUCUUAGCUCUGGUGUCAAAUAAUAAAAAUGGGCAAAGCUGUGUCAGAGACACAGGCUGCAUCAGCCUGCUGCUGCAGUUGUUCAGAACAACUCUCUGCAUGUCUGAGAAGAAUGUGUCAGAUGAAAACUCUGAUCCCUGCUAUCAGCUCUGGUGCUCAGUGUGCAGCACUCUCUGUGCCUGUGUCAACAACCCCCAGAACGAAGAUAAUCAAAACAUUUGCUGUUCAGUUUUUCCCCAUGCCAAAGAGUGGCUGGAGAGUUGCACAGAGCCUGAGAUAGUUCGUCCCAUUUGUUCAUUUCUUGGUCUCACAGUUGCAAAUAACUCAUAUGUGCAGAAGUAUUUUGCUUCUAUUGGAGGAUUGGAUACAUUAGCCAAAGUUCUCCUUGAGCUUAUGCAUGAUUCUUGUUUGAGUCACUCCAGCGUGAAACUUGCCGUGGUAGUAGCAAAGACCCUGGAUGCCUGUAUUGCUAAUAACUCUGCCAUGGGUGUUGUCUUGGCAAAGUAUCACACUGUGUCAGAGCUGCUGAAGCUGCUGUCCAAUGAGACACUGAGCACAGGAGAACAAAUCAGUAUUAUUCUAACAAUUGGACACUGCACUGAAGUUUGUGAAGAGAACCAGUGUGAGCUGCUUCAGAACAAUGGUCUGCCACUUAUGAUUCAGGUAUUGACAGAAUCUCAGGACGAGGAACUCAUCAAAGCUGCUACUUUUGUGCUGCAGAACUGCAAACAAAUGACUGAACAGUUGUCUCUGAAAUUAUAUGAUAACUCAUUAAAUGUGAACAAUGCAGAAGAAUUGGAUGUGCAAGUCAGAAAUAGAUGUCUGCAAGACUACUGGAAGAAAGCAAAAGAAAUUUUACACAGAAUAAACUCAAUUGAAAAACAGCACAAUGAGGUUGGUCUGUUUACCAAAAUGUAUAAAACUAAUCACACCUUUCCAGAGUUUAAGGAGAAAGUGAAAGUAAAUCCUUGA